UCCGCGUAAAUCCCAUGUUAACAAAUAUACAUCGAUGUCGAUGUUUAUGAAGCUGAACAACACAACAUGGACGAAUUUAUAAAGACGCUCAUUGCUGAGGUCAAGUCCCAGGGAGUUUUCGACGAGUUUCGCUUCAACUGCUGCCUGGCGGACGUGGACACGAAGCCGGCGUACCAGAAUGUUCGCACCCGUGUGGAGACUGCGGUCAACGACUUCCUGGCCAAGCAGCACUGGACGCCAGACACCAACAAGGUGCAGCUGCGGGAGAGGCUGCGCAAGCACCUCCUAGACUCCGAGGUGCUGAACAAGGGUGUGGACCAAAUCGUGGACCAGGUGGUCAACCCCAAGGUCGCCACCAUAUUCGAGCCAAAGAUCGAGAGCAUCGUCUACAAGUACCUGGGCAUCACCCCGCCCCCACCGCCGCCGAGGCCACCCGGGCCUCUCUUGCCCGCUCCGCCUUUGCCGCCAUUUGCUGGCCACAUGAACGGCAGCAGACUGCUCAGGGUGGAGACUGGCGCUGAUGGGCUGAUGCCCACCGACCUGGAACAGAUCAGUCCGGACUCGGACCAGGCCACCGUCAAGUCGGACCUGAAGGACGAGAGUAAGGACGACGACCUGCCGCCCGGAGUUGACGACGAGAGGAACUUUGAUGAGGACACCUCGCCCUCGUACGAGCCGUUGAGCGAUGACAAGCCUGGCUCGAGUAAAGACCUGAACAAUGGCUUGCUGAAUCAUUCGGACUCGGUCAAUGGGGUCUCGCAGGCGUCGCAGCUCUCACAGGUGUCCAGCGACAGCCGCCUCACGAUGGCCUCCUCCACGGAGUCUGUGGCGGAGAUACAGCGUGCCGCGCCCGCCAGCAACAGCGUAGAGCUGAUAGCCAACAUGCCCGCCAAUAUAUCGGAGGAGGCGCAGAUGCCAAAGUUCAGCGAAAACUCCAGCGAUGCGAGUGUCGCUGUCGGCGUGGACAACUGCAGUCGGCAACUGCACUUUGAUAUUAAGCAGGAUGCAAUUACCUUUGAGGGCACUGAGCGAAGAAGUUCCGUGUCGGGCACGAACGGUGGUCCACUCGAACUGUCCAUUGAAGAUGCCAUUAUGUCGGAGGUGAAGGCGAAUAUAGAUGAUGCUAACAAUGCCAGUAUCGAGCCGAAACAUGUUCCACAACCGCCACUACCACCAUUACCGAAAGUUGAGCCGGAGCCCGUUCAACCACCAGCACCACCAGAUGUUGAGCCGGAACCUGUGCAGCCCCCACCACCGCCACCACCAGAAAUUAUGGAGGAACCUGUACAGCCACCAGAACCUACAGAAGUCAAGCUAGAACCUGUGCAGCCUUCACCACCUCCAGAAAUAAAACCUGAACCUGCACAGCCAUCAACCCCGCCAGAACUUAAGUCAGAAAGUGAACCCUGUCAAAAAGUAGAGCCCCCUGCCACUUCGCCAGCUACGGAGAGUGGCAUUGGAUCCCUUUCAGAGCCUGUUGUUGAGGAUGCCAGCUUGAAGGACUGCAAGAGUCCCUUAAAACAGGAACUACAGGAGCCGCACACCGAGGCAGACAAAGUCAAGGAGGAGAAGACCAAAGUAUUUGCCCUUCCAGAAGAGGCUGAGGCACUCAAAGGUGCUACAGCCUCGCCUUCCUUGACGUCGUCACAGUCUAAGAGUAGCUCACGGGAUAAGGAUAAAGAUAAGGAGCGAAGGCAUCACAGUCACUCGGAUGAGAAGCAGCGGCGUAGGAGCAGAGAUCGGGAUCGUGACCGUGACCGCGAUCGCAGUCGGGAUAAAUCGCACAGCAAACAUUCCUCAAGCUCCAGUUCCAAACACUCCUCAUCGCGCUCAUCCAGCUCGCAGCAUAGAAGCAGCAGCUCCAAAAAUGACAGGAGCUCUACAAGCUCAUCGAGCAAAAGUCAUCGGGAGUCAUCCUCCUCCAAGCGGACGUCAUCCACUUCCUCGUCGCGCCACGAAUCCUCCUCCUCCUCCUCGCACAAGAAACACAAAUCGAGUUCAUCUUCGUCCCGAUCGGACCGGGAUAAAGACAAGGAUAAGGAAAGGGAGAGUCACAGUAGGAGCCACCACAGCAACAGUAGUUCCUCGUCCUCUUCCAAGAGGAAGGAUCAAGACCGAGGGCGCGAUCGUGAUCGCCACAAAUCUAACAGCGCCACGACAGCACCAAUUCAGGAUGAUCACACGGAGAGCAAGACGAAGCUAAAUAAGCGCAGGAGUUCCGACUCCAACGAUGAGGGCAAACCUCCUGGUUCUGGUUGUCCACCAAAGAGCUCCCGGAUAGAGGGGGCGCCGGAAAAAGCCGUCGAGUCGGCGGUGGAGAAUGGCAACGGCACGAACGGUAACUCCAAUGGUGGCAGUGGCAGCAAUGGCGCCUGUGACAGUGUUAAUGGCGUUGUUAUCGUCAGCGACAUACUGCAGCAAUCGUCAAGUAGCUUUAUUGAACUGACUGCUGGUAGCCAGUCACAGAAGGAGGAAGAUGACAAAAAGGACGAGGUGGCUGAGAAAAGUUUAGAUCAGAGAGCAGAGGAGCCGGCUGCCCAAGAGAAUCGGUUAAGUGGAGAACCUCAAAAGGAUGAUAAGGUUGAAUGCGUACCUAAUUUUCCUGACGAGGAAAGCAAACGCGUUGAUGGCUUGGAAGCGCAAUUAGUAGAACCGGAGGGUAUAUCGGAGGAUCCUGCAGGGCCUUCAGAUGGAAGCUUACCAGAGAAUAUGCAGAAAGAGGCUGUGAAACCAGAGCAUAUGCCCGCCCCACCAAUCCCUAACUCUAGUGCUGAUGAACUCGCUGAAGACCCUGUAACCCACUUUGAGGAAAACGCUGACGAGUUUACGGACCGUCUGCAGCUCAUCAAUAGACUGAUUGAGGAUAACCAGAAUCUGGUGAACCAGCUAGGCGAGGACCAUGAUCAGGUAGAGGUGGCUCACAUACGGGAGACUCGCAGGAGAAGUGGAGUUAAGCGGAGAUGUAGCAGCCUCCAGGAACAGCCACAAGUCGGACGGGAAUCGACACCGCCGCCGCUAUUCGCCACCCUGGGUAGCAGCACCUCUGGCAGUCCCACGAAGAGGCUGCGUCAGGAAGAGCCGAAGUCAUCGCCCACGCCCUCCGAGGCGAGCGUCAAUUCCAAGGAGAACGAGGCUCUCGAGAAGCAGGAGCGCGACGCCUUGAACGCCCGGAGAUUCAGCCAGAAGCUCUGCCAGCAGCAAAGGUACACCAACGAUGAUCUCUACAAGCCCCGUCCAAUCCUGUCGCAGCGUUCUCGUCGCCGGGGCCUGGACUCAAUCCUCUAGCUAUAUCGAAUCGAACUGUUAUCCGGAUAAAAUAAAAAACAGGCAAUUGUUGUUGAUGCAUUUGACAUAAAACAAAA